CAAUGGGGAAAAUGAAAUUAACAUUUUAACUCAUCUCGAAGGGCGCAAAGAGUCUGCGACCACAUGCCCACCAGGCCACAGUAGCAUACGAAGUCAACUGCACUAAUUACUACCACUCCGUAUUUCUUUCUUUCUUCUGUAUAUAGACAUCAAUCAGUUUUCAUCCAGACACUCCGGGGCAUUUUCUACUCCAAUCUCUUCCCCGACAAUCUAAUUCCUUUAUUGCUCAAAGUUUGAACAUGCUGCUGGCCUGAAAAUUCAAAUAAGAGUUGGGCACCAUUCAGAGCAUAGAGGGUAGAAGAUCGGUGUUGGUUAAAGUGACCAAAAAUGGCUUUCAAGCCACUUGAUUGGUAUUGUCAGCCAGUGAAGAAUGGGGUGUGGUCAAAGGCAGUGGAGAAUGCAUUUGGAACUUACACUCCAUGCGUAACAGAUUCUUUGGUGAUAUCUGUUUCUCAUCUUGUGAUUCUGGUAUUAUGCGUAUACCGUAUAUGGAGGACAAAGAAGGAUUUCACAGUCCAGAGGUUCUGUUUGAAGUCAAAAUACUACAACUACGUGCUGGGUUUGCUGGCUUUGUAUUGCACCUGUGAACCCUUGUAUAGAUUAGUCAUGGGAAUCUCCUUCUUAAAUGUUGAUGGACAGACUGGUAUUGCUCCAUAUGAGAUAAUUUCCAUAGUCAUUGAAGCUCUUACAUGGUCUGCAAUGGUUUUGAUGAUUGGCAUUGAAACAAAAGUCUAUAUCAGAGAGGUUCGGUGGUCUGUUAGGUUUGGAGUAAUUUAUGCUUUGGUAGGGCAUGCUGUGAUGUACAACCUCAUAAUGUCUGUUGGGGAGUUUUACCAGAGGUCUGUUCUGUAUUUGUAUACUAGUGAGGUUGCUGUCCAGGUUCUGUUUGGAAUGCUCUUGCUCUUUUAUGCGCCUGAUUUGGAUCCCUAUCCAGGCUAUUCUCCAUUGCAAACUGAAUCUAUUGAUAACACUGCAUAUGAAGAACUUCCUGAAGCAGACGAGAUUUGUCCCGAGAGGCAUGCCAGCAUAUUGUCCCAAAUAACUUUUGCGUGGAUGAACCCUCUUAUGCAACUGGGUUAUAAGAGACCACUCACAGAGAGGGAUGUCUGGAAACUGGAUACAUGGGAUAGGACAGAAACACUUCACAAUGAGUUUCAAAAGUAUUGGGAUGAAGAAUCUCGAAGGCCUAAACCAUGGAUUUUGAGAGCAUUAAAUCGUAGCCUCGGGGGGAGGUUUUGGUGGGGAGGUUUCUGGAAGAUUUUCAACGAUCUCUCCCAGUUUGUUGGGCCACUCGUACUCAGCCAACUCUUACAGUCAAUGCAACGAGGAGAUCCAUCAUGGAUAGGCUACGUCUAUGCAUUUGCAAUUUUUCUUGGAGUGGUAAUUGGGGUGCUAUGUGAAGCUCAGUACUUUCAGAACGUGAUGCGUGUUGGGUAUCGCCUGCGCUCAACACUGGUUGCUGCAGUUUUUCGCAAGUCCAUGAGGCUAACCAAUGAGAGUCGAAAAAAGUUUGCAACUGGGAAGAUAACCAACUUAAUGACAACUGAUGCUGAAUCUCUUCAGGCAUUAUGUCAAUCCCUGCACACUCUAUGGUCAGCUCCUUUUCGGAUUGUUGUUGCCUUGGUGCUACUUUAUGCACAGUUGGGGGUUGCAUCCCUACUUGGUGCGAUAAUGCUUGCUCUCACAUUCCCCAUUCAGACUUUGGUCAUAAGCAAGAUGCAGAAAAUGACAAAAGAAGGAUUGCAGCGCACAGAUAAGAGAAUUGGGCUGAUGAAUGAAAUACUAGCUGCAAUGGAUACAGUCAAAUCUUAUGCAUGGGAGGAUAGUUUUCAAUCAAAGGUUCAGGGAGUUCGGAAUGAGGAACUAGAUUGGUUUCGUCAAGCACAGAUGCUAGGAGCAUUGAACACGUUCAUUUUGAACAGCAUUCCAGUCUUUGUGAUUGUGAUCUCAUUUGGGAUGUACACUUUACUUGGAGGGGAGCUGACACCGGCAAGGGCAUUUACGUCUCUCUCGUUGUUUUCAGUGCUGCGAUUUCCACUCUUCAUGCUUCCUAAUAUUAUAACACAGGUAGUGAAUGCAAAUGUAUCCUUGAAACGUUUAGAAGAGCUUCUGCUUGCUGAAGAUAGAAUUCUGCUGCCUAAUCCACCUCUUGAUCCUGCACUUUCAGCCAUCUCUAUAAAAAAUGGCACCUUUUCAUGGGAAUCAACAGCUGAGAAACCAACAUUGUCCAAUGUAAAUUUGGACAUUCCAAUUGGUAGCUUAGUAGCAGUGGUUGGUGGUACUGGAGAGGGCAAGACAUCUCUCAUCUCAGCAAUGCUUGGGGAGGUUCCUGCAGUUUCAGAUGCAAGUGUCCUUAUCAGAGGAACAGUUGCCUAUGUACCACAAGUGUCUUGGAUCUUUAACGCAACAGUGCGUGAAAACAUAAUUUUUGGCUCUCGGUUUGAACCUUCCAGAUAUGAGAAGGCAAUAGAUGUAACUGCUUUACAACAUGAUCUCCAAUUGCUUCCUGGUGGCGAUCUUACUGAAAUUGGGGAAAGAGGAGUUAAUAUCAGUGGAGGCCAGAAGCAAAGAGUAUCCAUGGCUAGAGCUGUUUAUUCUAAUUCUGAUGUUUAUAUAUUUGAUGAUCCUUUAAGUGCUCUGGAUGCUGAUGUGGGCCGUCAGGUUUUUGAGAAGUGCAUCAGGGGAGAGUUAAGAGGAAAAACCAGAGUUCUAGUUACAAACCAGCUGCACUUUCUUUCACAAGUAGACAGAAUUAUAGUGGUGCAUGAUGGUACAGUUAAAGAGGAAGGUACCUUUGAAUACCUCUCAAACAACGGCAAGAUAUUUCAGAAACUGAUGGAAAAUGCAGGAAAAAUGGAGGAGUAUGCAGAUGAGGAGGAAUACGUUGAAAAGGUUGAUAAAAAAAUCUCCAAGCCUGUUUUAAAUGCUAAUAAAACAGGAACAUCUGAAGAUACAGGUGAAACAAAUAAAAAGAAGGAAGGGAAAUCUGUUCUUAUCAAACAAGAAGAACGGGAAACAGGUGCCGUGAGCUGGAAAGUUUUGGCGAGGUACAAGAAUGCUCUGGGAGGUGCCUGGGUAGUUAUAAUACUAUUAAUGUGCUAUGUCUUAACAGAAGUUUUUAGGGUUGGAAGCAGUAUGUGGUUAAGUUUUUGGACUGAUGAAAGCAGUUCAACAAGAUAUAGUUCUGGUUUCUACAAUCUGAUCUAUUCACUGAUAUCAUUUGCUCAAGUUUUGGUAACACUCAUCAAUUCCUUUUGGUUGAUCACGUCAAGCCUUUCUGCUGCCAAAAGAUUACAUGAUGCUAUGCUGAACUCCAUUCUAAGGGCUCCAAUGGUCUUCUUUCACACAAAUCCACUUGGAAGGAUUAUCAAUAGGUUUGCUAAGGAUCUUGGCGACAUAGAUCGCAAUGUUGCACCAUUUGGAAAUUUGUUUAUGGGCCAAAUAUCACAACUUCUUUCAACAUUUGUGCUAAUUGGGCUGGUUAGCACAAUGUCUUUAUGGGUCAUACUGCCACUUCUAGUUUUGUUUUAUGCUGCCUACUUGUACUAUCAGAGCACUGCCCGUGAAGUGAAACGUCUGGAUUCGAUUUCCAGAUCUCCUGUGUAUGCACAAUUUGGCGAAACUCUUAAUGGUCUCCCAACUAUUCGUGCGUAUAAAGCUUAUGACCGAAUGGCCAUGAUUAAUGGGAAAUCCAUGGAUAAUAAUGUUAGAUACACUCUUGUGAACAUGGGUGGGAACCGUUGGCUUGCUAUCCGUCUUGAAACUUUAGGAGGCAUUAUGAUUUGGCUUACUGCGACCUUUGCUGUGAUGCAGAAUGGAAGGGCAGAAAAUCAAGAGGCUUUUGCCUCUACUAUGGGUCUGCUUCUAAGUUAUGCCUUAAACAUCACGUCCUUAUUAACUGCUGUACUGAGACUGGCAAGUCUUGCUGAGAACAGUUUGAAUGCUGUGGAGCGAGUUGGGACAUACAUUGACUUGCCUUCAGAAGGGCCUGCUGUUAUUGAAAGUAAUCGUCCUCCUCCUGCUUGGCCUUCAGCGGGGUCUGUACAGUUUGAAGGUGUUGUACUACGUUACAGGCCAGAGCUUCCUCCCGUUUUGCAUAGUAUAUCAUUUACAAUCCGUCCCACUGACAAGGUUGGAGUAGUUGGAAGAACAGGAGCGGGAAAAUCUAGCAUGUUUAAUGCUUUGUUCCGUCUUGUAGAACUUGAAAGAGGAAGGAUUAUAAUAGAUGAUUGUGAUGUUUCAAAAUUUGGAUUAACAGACCUCCGGAAAGUUCUUGGAAUCAUACCUCAAUCCCCAGUUCUUUUCUCAGGAACUGUGAGGUUCAAUCUUGAUCCAUUCAAUGAACAUAAUGAUGCUGACUUAUGGGAAGCUUUAGAAAGGGCGCAUCUAAAAGAAGUUAUUAGGAGGAGUUCCUUAGGUCUCGACACUGAGGUGUCUGAGGCCGGGGAGAAUUUCAGUGUUGGACAGAGGCAACUAUUAAGUCUUGCUCGAGCAUUGCUUCGUAGAUCUAAGAUUCUUGUUCUGGAUGAAGCCACUGCUGCUGUUGAUGUCAGAACAGAUGCUCUUAUUCAGAAAACAAUAAGAGAAGAAUUUAAAUCAUGCACAAUGCUUAUUAUUGCUCAUCGUUUGAAUACAAUCAUUGAUUGUGACCGAAUUCUCCUGCUUGAUGCUGGUCAGGUCCUAGAGUACAACACACCAGAGGCACUGUUAAUGAAUGAAGAGAGUGCGUUUUACCGGAUGGUUCAGAGUACAGGAGCUGCUAAUGCACAGUAUUUACGAAGCUUGGUACAUGGGGGAGGAGAAAUCAAAUCGGAGGUGGAAAAGAAACUGGAUGGCGAAAGGAGAGGGCUUGCCUCUUCUAGAUGGGCUGCUGCGGCACAAUAUGCACUAGCUGUAAGUCUCACUUCGUCGCAGAAUGACCUUCUGCAGUUGGAAAUUGAAGAUGGCGUUAAUAUCGUCAAGAAAACAAAGGAUGCUGUGAUCACUUUGAAAGGGGUUUUAGAAGGGAAUCACAACAAAGAAAUUGAAGAGACACUGGAAAACUACCAGUUGCCCAGGGAUAGAUGGUGGUUUGCUCUAUACAGACUGGUUGAAGGUCUUGCAACAAUGAGUAGGCUGGCUCCUAACAGGAUGCAAAAUGGUGAAUACGAAUUUGAAGCAAAAUCGAUUGACUGGGACCAUGCUGCAAUGUAGGAGUACUAUCCCAUUGUUCAGGAGGCUAUAGAUUUUGCCUAUCAUUACCUACCUCAACUCCUCAUAUUAACAUCUUAUGUAUUUCUUCUUAACCAAAGUAAUUUUCACACUUUUCCUAAAUAUAAUUUAAAUCACAGUUUACAUUUUUCUUAUUUACACGCCCCAUCGAAAUGGGUGUUACUUAGAGAGUUAGAGAUGGAAAAAGUACCUUUUUGAAAGGGGUUGAUUGAAACUUGAUGGUUUUUCUGUGUUAAGCAAAGUUAUUGGGGAUUGUACUACCAAUAGCAUAUUCAUAAAUUUUC